AAGAGGUCCAACCCAGAUGGCACCUAUGCCCCAACGAUCCUCACAACCUGCCCAGGCGCCCCUUCCAACCAGACAGGGGGCGCCACUGGCUAUGUUCGAAACGGCACUUCGCAGGAGAUCAAUGCUAACGAGACCGCAUACAUUACCAAGCAUCGCCAGGCUCUGCAGAGCAGUUGGUCGACCUGGCUCUCUUCGGCCUCGCCAGGACCCAAUCUCGGAGGCGACUUUGAUGUAUCGAACUACACCAACACCCUCAGCAACAUCCCACGCACAGGUAUUGCCAUCAGUGGGGGUGGAUACAGAGCCAUGCUGUACGGCUUGGGUGUCACACAGGGUCUGGACGAGAGGAACUCCACUGCGAGCGGAGCUGGUGUGGGAGGAAUCUUGCAACGUGCUGACUACAUCGCAGGUCUUUCUGGAGGCUCCUGGGCUACUGGCGCCUAUGCUAUCAACGGCUUCCCCACCGCCCAGAGACUCGUCGACGAAGUUCUUGACCUGAACAACAAUCUCGUCCUCCCUAGCGAUGGCACUGUCUCCUUCUACGCUGAUUUGGUUGGUGACGUAUCUGACAAGCGGGACGAGAAUUUCCCCACUAGUAUCACAGACUACUGGGGAAGGGCUCUGAGCUACCAUCUCCUCAACGAUACCACAUACCCUGAUCAAGGUCAGGCCACUACCUUUAGUGAUAUCCGCAACACCUCCAGCUUCACAGGUGCCACAUACCCCUAUCCCGUCGUCAUUGCUGACGAGCGAGAACCGGGCGAGACCCUCAUCUUUUCCAACACGACCAUCUUUGAGUUCAGCCCCUACGAGUACGGUACUUGGGACCGCAUCCAGGCAUUCGUUCCCAUCGAUGUCCUGGGAUCCAACAUCUCCAACGGUGAGAUUACUCGCUGUGUGGAGGGCUUUGAGAACUUUGGUUGGGUGGUUGGAACAUCUGCCUCGCUGUUCAAUGGAGCCCUCAUUGAUCUGCUAGAGGAUGAUGGAAAUUCCAUCAUCAAGUCCGCCAUCGAGUCUGUUCUGCAGGAUAUCGGCUCGCAGGACAACGAUGUCAGCCAGGUGCCCAACCCCUUUGCAAACUACUCGAACAACGAGCUCGCCUCUCAGGAGCUCAUCACCAUGGUCGAUGGAGGUCUGGACAACCAGAAUGUGCCUCUUUGGCCACUGCUGCAGCCGGCUCGUCAGCUCGACUUCAUCCUCGCCCUAGACGCUUCGGCAGAUACUACCCUCUACUGGCCCAACGGCUCUUCCCUCUACCAGGUGACCCUACGAGCUCAAUCGGGCGUCUACCCUGAGAUUCCCUCUCCUUACUUCCCCUCGACGAACACCUUCGUCAACCGCGGCCUCAACACUCGCCCCGUCUUCUUUGGAUGCAACGCCAGCAAUGCAACCAAUGCAGGCACUGCCGCCCGCGGCUUCGAGGCGCCCAUUGUAGCCUAUGUCCCCAACUACCCCUACACCUACCUGACCAACUUCUCCACCUACCAGCUCGCAUACAAUGCGACCGAGGCACAGGGAAUGCUAGACAAUGGUGUCGUCCUCGCCUCCCUGGGCGGCAACAACGCAACAUGGUCGCAGUGUCUCGCCUGCGGCAUGCUAGAGCGGUCUUGGGCUCGAAGUGGUGUCAGUAGGCCCGAAGCCUGCACCACCUGCAUGAACACGUACUGUUGGGAUGGAGUCGAGGAUGAUUCCACACCGGCAGAGGACUACUCGCCUGCAAUUGGAACACCACAGUGGGUUGGCAAUACGGACAUUCAGGCUACACCGCCCUCGUCGGGUGCACCGGCAGCGUCCUCUUCUGCU